GUACUUGUGAGAAAGAUAGUUGGUCAAACCUUCAAGUGGCUGCUAAGCCACGAUGUCGGCUAUGCCGUCAUGGUCUUGGCUUCUCACCAGCAAGAGAGGGAGAUGGGGGACACAGACACAUUUUCUGAAAUGGCCAACAAGGACCGGUUUGACUGGUACUCUUUUCCUUAAAUAGUUGUAAUUUCUUAUAAAAUGACAUAAACAUGAAAUCAGCCAGAAUCACAAUACAAUUUAUAACAUUUUCCCAACCAUCCGGACAGGUAUACUAACCUGUUUCCUGAGGUCCAGAAGGCAGUGGAGGAAAGCAGGGUACGGGAUGGGACCUUGCCCCCCCGACCUGACCAGGAGGACUCGUGCCUUGUUGGCUUUGGGAACCACAAGUCCCUGACCUACAAAGACCUUUAUGAGGCCAAAGACAAGGAAAGGAAGAGGCAUAGUGAACUUACAUUGUAACGACCAUUGUAAAAAUCUCUUUAAGCCUCUUUUUGACCUGUUUGGGACUUGUUUAUUUCCUUUAUCUCAAUACAGCUACAUGGCCUGCUUUAGGAAAUACCAAGUAAAGCCGGGGACCUCAAUGGGCCACUUCAAGGUCUAUGUCCAGCGCAGGGACACAGCAACAGCUGUAGAGCCUCCUAAUCCAUCUGCCGAGCCAUCAGAUCAGGAGUUGCUGUCUAUCUGCGUGGGUUUUGACCAAGGUACUGUACUCUAUGUUAUGGCACUUUAUUGUUUAUUUCUGUUGAGAAGAAUAUACAUAUGAAAUGACCUUUCCCCUAACUAUCUGUUGUUGUUAGCAUUAACAGGAUACACUUUAAAGUGGUAAGGUAAGUGGUAAAAUUGUUAAAACACCUCCUAGCUGGGCUUAGAAAUCAUUGUAGAAUUUCUCAUUUUUGCAUCCAUUUUGCUUGCCAUAGAAAAAGCCAACCUCAUCUUUUUGUGGAAUGAUAUGUUUACUGUAGCUUUUCUUGUCACCAUUCCAACCUGUAUUUCAGUCUGCAUCACUUUGCUUGGCCUAUUCCUUGCUUGUAGAUGUCUACCCACUAUACAUCUGUCGUUUGUAGCUUUUAAAUGUAGAUUGUGUUUAACCUAGAUUCCUAACCUCUACCACUGAUAACACUGAUCAAAACUAAACCAAAGUGCACUUGCUGUCAACAGGCUGUUAACAUGUUUUGAAGCUGAAGCUCUAUUCUAAUAGAAUUAUUUCACUUAUUUCUCUGAAAUAUUUUGUGAGACUAACUCCUGCGUUCCUACUGCUCCCACUGCCACCGCCCCCCCUGCUGUGCUAGCUCCCACUGCCCCUCCUCAGCUCCAGUCAACCUCCCAGUCAACAGCUGGACCAGUACAGCCUGCUGCUGACGCUCAGGUGCUUCUCCCUGAGGGAUGGAAGCAGACCCUCCCAAAGGAGCAGCAAGAGUGGGUCAGUCGGGCCAUUUUCGUACGGGACAGGCAUCUAAAAUGUGUCCUGAAAAGCCAGCUCGAGCUGUGGUACUUCCCUCCUCUGCCUCCUAACAUCAGCCAUCAGCCUCCAGCUUCUCCCACCGCCUACUUCCUCCGGCCGUUCUGCCUCUGGAUGCCCUACCGCCUGUGGGCCUUUAAGUUUGUGUGCAUUCAGCCACAGUGCAAGCGUCAAAAGCUCACAGGCUGUGGGGUGUACAAGACGGUCCGGAGGGUGCUUGACAUAGAUGGCUGGUAUUAUAUGGGGACAGAGUACCUGGAGUGCCGCCGAUGUAAGAAGAAGCUAGCGGGAUGGUCACUGGAUGUCUUGAACCAGCUGGACGCAAGUCAUCGCUCCAAGUUCCCAGCCAUCUUGACUUACAGGCUGUCCUGUGACCUGAAGGUGGUCAGGCUGAUGAGGGAGAGGACACUGGGGAACAGUGUGACCAGGCUGUACAACCAGCUGAGGGAGCAGCACAGCCUGACCUGGAUGAGUCGGACCCUGGACUACCUGUCCGUCUGUGACCACUUUGUGGUCCCAGGUGCCGCACCACUGAGGGUAACACCUCCUCCUCCCUUUUUGGAUGUGCCCUCAGCCCAGUGGCUGCUGACUGUCCACGGCUACGACGUUCUUUUCCAGCUAGAGGACUUUAAGGCCAGAGUCACCUCCACCUUUGGGUCCAUCCUGAAGAUGGAUUCAACCAAGAAGGUGACCAAGAAACUAGCUGGGAAGGCACACGGGACAGCAGCGUGGGCCACAAACGUGGGUAAUGAGUACGGCCAGGUGCUCAUUACGGUCCUCACAGACAGCGAAGGAGAGGGCCUGCUCGACAUGGCAGCUGGCCUCCAGCAGCGCUACGGUAGAGCUGGAGUGGCACCUCCCAAGCUGCUGUAUGUCAACCGGGACUGCUGCGCCCUGAUGGGAAAGGGGAAGACGGCAGCCAUGUUCAGCCAGUGGGCUGAACUCAUCGUCCGGCUUGAUGUGUGGCACUUCAUCCGUCGCUUUGCUCGGGGAGUGACCACAGAGAUCCAUCCUCUCUAUGCUCUCUUUAUGCAGCGGCUCUCCUCCUGCAUGUUGGUGUGGUGUGCAGAUGAUGUGGAGCGCCUGCGGGAGGCCAAGCGAGGUGAGCUCAAGGAGAGCCACAUCACGGGGCUCAGCGACGCACAACUGAUGAAGAGGAUCAGCCUGAAGGAGAUGGCUCGGCACUGUCGUCGCGGCACGCGCGGGGCGGAGGAGACCGAGCGUCUCAUCGGGGAGCUCCUGGACACCUUCAUGGAUGCCACAGACACUAUCGGCAUCCGGCUCCUGGACCGUGACCGAAUGCAGGCCAUCUGGCAGACCCAGAGACACCACCUGGUCUGCAUUCAGGACCCCCCUGAUGUCAGCAUCUACACCAACAAGGGCAAGGACGUGACCAAGGGAGGGGUCAUCUUGCCUGUGUUGCGCUGCUCACGUGGGUCCACCUCCCUGGAAUCUUUCCACCUCCACCUCAACCGCUUCAUUCCUGGAACAAGUGCGUGUGCCGAGCACUUUCAGGCCUACCUCCUUGAAGGGUUGGUUAGGUGGAAUGAGGACCGUGCCGAAGCGGCAGCGGAGGGGGGGGGGCAGAAGCAGACGCUGCACUGCUAUGAUGGUGUAGCCCAGUACGCCAUCAAUGAGCUGAGCCAGAAGCUCCUGGGCUGCAGUCUGGUGAAGGAUCAUACAAGGCCUGCAAAGUACACUGGGGAACUCAUUGGGGUCGACUACCUCUUCUCCCAGACCCAUGGUGACCAGAGGCUGGAGUCCAACCUCGGUAAGGACCCGGAUGUCCCAGACGGGACACCUGAUGUAUUUGAGGGAGGAGAGGGAGAGGAGGAGGACCUGAGCGAGCUUGAGGAGGAGGAGGAUGACCCCACCAUGUCCUUGCCCGCCCUCGAUGACAGUCUCCCACCAGUACCUCCACUCAGGAAGGCCACUCCACCGCUCACUAAGCCCACUCAACCCAACUCAUCCCAGGUACCUGUCGUCACACCCCCUGAUGACACUAUGGAGGUGGACACUACACCAGCUGCCAGUCAGGACCUGGAGGAUGACGAGUACAUAGGACCUGAUGGGGUUAGUGGAUACCAGCACGUGGUCCUCCUUGCCAAGAGUCUGGUGAGGCUCCUGGAGGGGCCAUGGAUCUCUAAUAGGCAAAUAGAGGAGAUCAUGGCUCUCUGGGGAAAUCUCCCGGAAAGAGACAAGGCGGCUGUCUCCUACCCAGAGAGGUUCCGGGACCGAGUCCUGCAGGGGCGCUUUAAAAAUUCCAAGAACUCCACCGUGAAGAGGGAAGAGAGUAUGAAGCGCUCCCUGCUUGGCCAAGGCUCUGGACCUGCUCAGUGGCCCAACACCAGCAGGACAGUGGAGGCCAUUUUUGUGGAGCUGUGCCACAAGCACCCUGCUGGCAAGACGGUUCUUGGUAACCGGGUCAACAGGUGGGGUGCUAUCCUGGGGGACUACAGGAGGAUCAGGACCAUGGUGCUGGGCAGCCCAAACCUGAAUACACACACAAGGCUGCAACUGUUUGAGGUCAACAAGCUGACCUUGACACAGUGGUACAACAAACGGAUAUCCUCUAUGGAGAGAGUGGCCCUGCACCAGACCCAGGACAGCAUGACUGCAGAGAGGGAGGAGUCAGGCCCAUCAACCAGCAGCACCUACCAGCUGCCAGAGGACAGAACGGGGCAGGCUACACAGCGUGGCAGAGCAGCAACUAGUCAGCCACUGCCACCUCUACCGCCACCCAGUCUGCCUACCGCACCAGUCUCCCAAGAGCUGCCAUCGACCUCCACUCCUCUUCCCAAUCCUCCUGCUGGACCCAAGGUCUCCAGGACCACCGAAUGGAGAAGGAGGAAGAAGCUGGAGUCUGGCAUUACAGUCAGAGCGCACAAGCCAUACGAAGGCUAUAAGUGCUCUAAAUGUGGCAAGCCAAAAACUUCUGAAUUUGGACACAGUAUGUACGGUACUGUGAGAUUCUGUGCCGCUACCUCUGGUGGCCAAACUGUUGAGGAGUGGCUGGCACUCAUGAGGGCCCAGCAUGGUGCUAGCAAAGGCCAGUAAACUCUGACUGACUGACUGGUGUGUAAAGUAGUUUUUGUACAUAUGUUCUUUUUUUAUUUUUUUUUAUGACAUUGAUUGUUUGUACCUUUAGCUCAUUUAAAAUUCUUAACUUGUUAACAAAGUGUGUGUGUAUUAUGCUGUGUUGUUUCACACGUGACAUUCCCUGUGAAAUAAAUAAUUGAAUACAAGCACUUUUUCUCACUUGGAAUUCAUUUAGAUUUAUUGUCAU